AUGGCUUUGCUUCCGGCAAUAGUGUUUCUGACUGCUGUGCUGCUCCCAUUUUUACCUGCAGAAGCCAAGGAUGAUCCAUCUUUUUCUUCUUUGUUAACUUCUCAAUCCAGUAUUCAAAAGGAGAUUGUAAACAAACACAAUGAAUUUAGGAAAUCAGUCCGGCCGCCUGCUAGCAACAUGCUAAAGAUGGAAUGGAGCAGAGAAGUAACAUUAAAUGCCCAAAAGUGGGCAAACAAAUGCACUUUAGAACACAGUAGCCCAGAGGAACGAAAAACAAGUACAAAAUGUGGUGAGAAUCUCUAUAUGGCAAGUGACCCUACCCCCUGGUCAGCUGCAAUCCAAAACUGGUACGAUGAAAGUCAGAAUUUUGAAUAUGGUGUAGGGGCAAAAAGUAGUGGUGUAGCAGUUGGACAUUAUACUCAGGUUGUCUGGUACUCAUCUUACCGUGUUGGAUGUGGAGUUGCCUAUUGUCCUAAUCAAGAGAACCUAAAAUAUUUUUAUGUUUGCCAAUACUGUCCUGCUGGGAAUAACGUAAUGAAAAAGAACACCCCUUACCUCAGUGGAACACCUUGUGCCAGUUGCCCUAAUAACUGUGACAAAGGACUGUGCACCAAUAGUUGUGAACAUGAAGAUCUUCUUAGUAACUGUGAUUCCUUGAAGUCAACAGCUGGCUGUGAACAUGAAAUGCUCAAGCUAAAGUGCAAAGCUACCUGCCUAUGUGAAGACAAAAUUUACUGA